AAGACAAUGGGUGGCGCGCACAGACUGUAAAAAAAAAAACAGAAGGCCAGAUGAGUGACACUGACACGCCCCUGCUAGAGCGGUGGUACGCUCUGACGCUUUUCCACGUCGCAGUUCUCGUUGUCCCCAAUGGUAAGCGGUUGCGUGUACGACUCGAGUCGAGCUAGGCCGGAGAAAGAUGGCGGCGCCCGUCCUGAGAGUGUCCACCCCUCGAUGGGAAAGAAUAGCUAGGCUCCUUGUUUGCGUAUUGGGCAUAUUAUUGUCCGUGUACGCCUUUCACGUGGAAACGGAAAAGUCUAGAGACUCGAAUUAUCGGGCCUUGUGCGACAUCAGCAAUUCUAUCAGUUGUUCGAAAGUCUUCACCUCCAGAUGGGGUCGAGGAUUUGGACUGUUGGGCUCGAUCUUCGGAAACGACAGUGCGAUGAACCAGCCAAACAGUGUCUACGGAAUUUUAUUUUAUGUCUUUCAGCUGUUACUAGGUAUCACGGUGAGUGCCAUGGCGGCCCUGAUCCUGAUGACGACCUCCAUCUUGUCGGUGAUGGGCUCUCUGUACCUGGGCUACAUCCUCUACUUUGUCCUCAAGGACUUCUGCAUCCUCUGCGUCACCACAUAUGCACUGAACUUCAUCCUCCUGAUGCUCAACUACAAACGGCUGGUUUACUUGAAUGAGGCCUGGAAACAGCAGCUGACUGCCAAGCAGGACUGAGAAGGGGCGGGGGGGGGGGGCUCAAAGUACCGUAGGCAAGUGAAAAAUAUAAGAAAAAAUGAAAUGUGACCUCUCGAACCGAACUUGCCAUCAGGAGACCUUGCUUCCAAAACAAUGUUUAUUCUGCUGUGUGUUAUAAAAAAAGAAACAAGAAAUAGAUGACUGUAAAAAAGAGGAAAAAAAAAGUUGGGGCCAGACAUCUCUCAAGUCCAUACAUCAUGGAAGGAUUUGGAAAAAAAACUAAAUGAUUCCUUCUAUUUCAUUUUAUUAUUGUUUCGUUUUUAUUUAUGCUCCCCUCACGUAAGAGAUGAAUGUGGUUUUGGAGGUAAAAAAAAAUAACCCAUUCAGUUCUGACAGCAAAGCAAAAGCAGAAUGCCAGUCCUGACUGUGGAAGGAGAGAAGCCAGGACACUCCUCUCUUGAACAAAAAUGGACCGGAAAUGUGGAAGGAAACGGGGACUUUUUAAAGGUGCAUACUUGAAAUAGAUAGGAAGGGCCCGUUCUGGCGGCACGCCCGACCACUUCCAGAGGUUAGCUGUAUCGUUACGACAACCUGCGCCGAGAAAUGGGUCAGGUAACCAACGCAUGGUCUUGUGAUCAUGGGGUUUACAACUGUACAGUUCCCAGCCGCAAGGAUUCCGUGUGACGAGAGAAACGGAUCAACAAACACCAUACCGAAUAGGGUUUUUUAUGUUUACACUUUACAGCAAGUUUUGUCUUUGAAAAGGACCACUAAUAUGGAAUAUGGGGGAAUGUGAGAAAUUGUUUGUGAAUCAGUCACUUCUUGGUUCUUUUUUUUUUUUGUUGCAAUUCUGUAAAUAGCUGCUGAGCAAUAUUACAGACUAGAUUGUGAUUUAGUGUUGAAAUAGAUAAAGGAAAAAAGACAUCAAAACAAAAAAAGAAAUUCACUAAAUGACAAACAAAAGAAGUUACUGAAGUCGUCAUCUGGGUGAAUUAAUUCUGUCCGAAGUUGUUUUGCAGCCAGUGUGUGACAUCUUAAUUUCCUGCAGUCCCAAAUGAGGCAUGCUUCUCUGUUGUGUGGAUUCAAUGGAAGUGCUCACUGGUCAGUUUUGUUCAUCUCUUUUGCAGAAGUCUCAUUGAAGGUCCCAAGGCCCUCACCGAAAUGUCUUUAGAGCAGGGUUGUGUUUAUUAGGCAACAAGGUUUUUAAAAAACAUUUUGCACUAGAAAAUAAGCAUUUCUUAUUGGGAAAAGUCCAGGUAGCGCCUCCCCCUCCCCUUUUCAGUUUUCCUCCAUUUGGUGCCUAAUGAACAUGACCCUAGUUAAUUUCUUCUCUCCCAAGACUUUCUUAGUCUCCAUGAUGGCACCUUCAGUGUUUUGUCUUUGUCACGUGUGAAAAAACAAACAACAUUCCUUAGAUGCUACAGUGGGAAUGGGAUCUAUGAAAAUGUGCCUAAGAGGAGGGAAUUUAUUUUGGAAUGUGGGGGAUACAUUUAAUCUGUCACUAUAUUGUCUAAUUUUUACAAACCUUUUCCAUUGUUGACAUUACCUAAAUUGUGUUCUUAAAAAUGCCAUCUUAGCUUCUCUCUCAGCCCUCUGUCCUUUAUGGUCUAAUGAUUAGGCAUUCAGUUAGAGCAAACAUAAAGGAAAGCAAAAACAUUUACUGAAGUAAUUUUUCCAGGUUAUGGAGGUUGGUUUUUAAUACAGUUCACAGACCCUCUGUGCGGUGCAACCCCGCUGUCGGCCCCCGCUGGCUGUCUGUUCUCACGUCGGUUCGAUCGCUUCACAACCGGCGCUGUGGGAGGUGGAGUAGCCGAUAGAUCGAUCUCAAAGCCGUUUAAACCAAAUGGAUGUUGACUGAUUUGUAGCGUUACUAUCCGGACGCGUGACCCCGGAGCACGCCGGCUAACUGUUCCUACACGCCGUCUCAGACGGACACUCAACAUGGCCGCGUGUUACGGCUGAUCAUUUGGUUCACGAUGGUUUUUUGGUCCUUUGUAUUAGACGGUUGUGGUCUGCUGUGUCUCUGUCCCUGAUCCUGAAAUGCUGUAUACGCUGGGAGGGUUCAAGACAGAAAAGCGUCUGUACCUCGGUAAACACAGCGGUUUAAAUUUGGGCAGUAUCGUAUGCAAAUGACGUGCUUUCACAUUAGUGGGAACUUCCCCGGCUGAGCUUGUUCCCCUCCGCGGUGUUACCUGUUAUCAUGACAUUUCCGACAUCAGAGAUUGUCUUGUAUGUGGAAUUAAACCAUGUCAGGUUAUGUUUUUGAUGGCAGGUUGUAACUUCUCUGAUCAUGGCAAACAUAAUGGUUUACAUUGUAACAUGGUGUCUAACACGUUGUAACGACAGCAACGGUCGUAGGUUAUUGUCCGUUGCAAUUUUGGUAAAGUGACUUUAAAUGAAGUGUCAUUGGGACAAGACACCGUUUGUGGAUGAUGACUAGGGAAUGAGCCUGUGUGCUUUCGCCUGAAGGCUGACUCCCACGAGUUAAGUAACGUAAGCAUGUUGUACGGCAUCGACUUGCCGAGGGAUUACUCACUGUGACCACGCUGGCAGCCGCAGACGAGAUGGAGUAAGUCUGGGUUUAGCCUUACAGACAGGGAUAAGCGGUCGCUUAGGACCCCCAACUGCUAGGGAGCCUCUGACUGAUGUGGGUGAGGGGGCCCCCAAGUGAAAUUUUGCUUGGGGCCCUCAGAAGUCCUGAGCCGGCACUGCUUAUCGAGUAGGGUUAAAGUGAAUUUGAUAGUAAUUGAUACACAGUAUUAUCUGCUGUCAAAGUAAAAAUACACUUUUAUUACAAGAAAUUAGCUAAUAUUACUGUUCACCUGCUUUUAGGGAAGACCAAUACGCUUAACAACUGACAUGAACGAACUAUGUAAAAGAAUUGGGAUUUGCAUGCGUUUUUAAACGACUAUCCCCAAUACAUCUGUGAGGUCCCUCAGUGUUGAAUUUCGAGCACAGGAUUCAACUACAAAGACCAGGGAGCCCAUUUGACGAUCUCAUAAAGAAGGCCAGUGAUUGGCCGUUGGGUAAGCUGCCAUCUUGUUUGGGAGGCCUGCUGUUGGCUAUUUUAAAAUCAGAAACGGUUUAAUUGCUGUGAUAAUAAAGCUGUCGAGUAUGGAAGUAUGGAACCGUGUUGUGACUCCAACGAUAAUUACCCUAACUGUUAAAAUCUAUUAUUCUUACUGAGUAAUACUGCAAAAAUGCAUGUCAAAGGAAUGCACUCGGUCUAAAUGGGAAAAAUCCAACGCUACACUACCUCCUUAUCUUAAGAAAUCAUGGUGGUUGCAUCAUGGAGUUAUGCCUGACAAUGGAAAAGGCUGGGGGAAUAUUUCUCUCUCUUUUUUUUUUAAGAUAAGCAUGAAAAAAAAUCCUUGAAAGAACACUGCUUUAAACCUGACACUGGAAGCAGAAUUGACCCUCCAGCAGGACAGUUACCAUCUCUGCUAAGUUCGUGUUGGCUCAUGUCUGUUUCAAGCUUGUUUGCAAUAAUUAAAUUGUCAUGUAGCCAUGGUUACCAUCCUGGACAGUCUGAAGGGUUUUGAUUAGAACAAUAGGUUAUUGCACAAAGCUUUUAGGAACUACAAUUUGCAGAUGUAGUUGCAACCAAAGGUGUGUUGAGUCCGAGGCAUGCUCAUGUACAUUUAUCUCGAUUUCACGGUCGAGGGUUUUGUGGAAAUAGUUGAUUAAAAUAAAUACUUCAUGAAGCAACAAAAUGUGAACAUGUCCAGGGGGGUAUAAUUGAAUACACUGUAGGUCCUAACAUUAGACAAACCUUUGACAGGGAGACACUUUGAGACUGUCUGUCAUCGACGAUACCUGAAAUGAAGACUGUACACAACAUGAAAAGCUAAACAGAAGCUCAACACUUCAGAGGCACUCUUCAGGUGCACCAGCUCAUCACAUCUUACAGUUUUUGACAUAUUUCCACUAAGGUGUGAAAUCAAGGAAAAUCGAUAUGCCGUUCUGUGUAGAUACACAGCGUUGGUGAUUACUAGGAAUCCAGAGGGGUGGGCAGAGUCUAUUUCGCUUAUUCUGUCCCACAAAGUCCCUAAAAGGUUUUGGAGAAUUCUCGACCUGUUGAACAGAGACAACAUUUAAACGAUCAAAGGAACACAAACAUAGUGAAACAUCUUAUCAACCGGUUAAUCUAAUCCCACUGUCCUGUGUCCAUAGUAUUAGAGGAAUUCUAAAAGGUCUGAAGACUUAGAACCGUGAUGGCCUUUUUUUUUUUGCUUCAUCAAAGAAUGCCGUUGAUAGUGCCUUCUGUUGGAUCUCAGUUACAGGAAAAUAAAUGCUUGUGAAGAGAAGAAUGAUGACAGUGAUGGGAACUUCUGCUUACCUUCCUAAACAUGUUUUUCUGAUCAAAGACGGCGACAUCCACAGUACAGUUCUCUGUUGUUAGUCUGGUUGCCAGUGUGUUUGGGAUCUCUCGCUAACUAGGUGUGGAAUGGUCAGGGUUUGUUUUGUUUGGCAGUGUGAACGGCAUGAGCAUCUGAGAACAGGCUACUCCCUCUCCCCUGUUGGGUAGAAUGACUCACAAAAAAAGCCCUGUCUUGUAUUUAAACGGUUAUUUCAUUUUUAAUAAAUUGUAUUUUCUUCAACUUUUUUUUCUUAGCUUUAUUUUGAGUACAUUUUUAAAUUUACAGUUAUUUUAUUAAUUUAUCUGUUAGCAUUAGAAUACUUGUGCUAUAAAACACUUUCUGUCAGAAUUUUAAAUGUAUUUCUUCCUGACUGACCUAGUGAAAUAAUGUUUUUUUCCCCUUAUGUCAUAUUAAUAGACUCUCCAUUGGUAAUAUUGCCCAUUAGCGAUAUAGACUCAGCGUUAUGGGUUAUUUCACCUGUUUUUGUUUAUUUUAUUCUGGAAGGCUGUACACUCUAAAAAGAAAAGGUUGGAGGAUCCUUGGAGGGGUUCUUUAAGCUGAAAUUGGAGGAAAAACACUCAUUUUUGAUUAAUCCAGGCAAAGAGCUUUUCAAAGAAUCCAUUUUGAAUGGUUCCUUGACUAACCUUUUGGAAUGUAAUUUUGAUGGCGUAGGUUCUUCAAAAUCUUAAUUGUGGCUCCUUCUGGAGGUCUUUGAAAUUACCAUUUUAAUGUAUUACUUUAGCUGACAGGGGUUCCCCAGUUACAAUGAAGAAUCCCUGAUGCAGGGCUAUUCAACUCCAAUCAUGAAGGGCAGAAACAAUUUAUUUUUGCUUUUACUUGGUAGUUAAACUCACCUGGUGUCUCAGGUCUGGAUCAGUACCCAAUUAGAUUAGGAUAAAUCAGACAUGCUUAGGCUCUCCAGGAAUGGAGAUGAAUAGCCCUGCCCUAAAAAGAUCCUCCUGGAACAUUUUCUUAUAGGUUAUGGGAAUCCAUGUGGUAGCUUUCUUAUUCAUUCGUAAUCUAUUUUUUCUUUGUGGGAGUAAAGAAUAGGGUUGCUUCUGUAUUUGCCAAAUAUUAAGUUGAAAAUCUGUAUUUUCUUACAUGGAAAAAGUGUUACAUGAAUGGUAGAUUGAAUGCGUACAGAGAAAAGAUCGAAUGAAAUCCACUAUUUGCUUACCUUGUGAGAAGCUGUUGCGAAAGUUAGCACUACAGUGGACAUUUUAAACUGUUGUUGUGUGGAAAUGGUGAACCAUUAAAACAUUCCCUCUGAA